AAGCGUCAUCCCUUCGCCCCUUCGCCAGCUUUCCCUUUCCACUAUAUAUUAUAGAAUUAAACCCCCAUUCUUCUCCAAUUCCCACACCCGCCUUUUCUUUCUCCCGCAUCGCUCUCUCAUUAUUCCUAACUCCACUCCUUCUCCCCUGAAACCGAUGGCCAAACGCUUCCGCCUUCGUCUUUCCCGCGUCAUCACGUCCUUCCAGAGCUGCCGCACUAAGGAUGACGCCGGCGUCACCGAUACUACCACCCCCUCCUUCCGUCUCUCCCCCGUUAACCACAAGGCGCUCGACAUCGACUUCCCUCCGCCGCCGUCUCCCGCUGCCCCGGCGUUCCUCCGCCGACACCCGCCCGUCGUCUCCGCCGCGUGCGGCUGCCGCCCCUCCCGCCGCGGCGGCCACUUAUCUGCCGCCGGCGACGAGGCCGACGACCUCGCACUCGCCCGAGGAACCCCGGCGUACCUCUGGCGGAAGGACGAGAAGUGGCACGUCGUCGCCUAUGCCGCCGGCGGCGGCAACGGCGAUGAUUUUGCUUCCUCCCCCCGCCGGAAGAUCGAUUCCGACGACGGCGGGGACAUCUUCCCGCCGGUGGCGAUGGCGCGUGCGAGGCGGAGGGAGGUGGAGCGGCGCCGCCUGCGGCGGCGAGCGGAGGCGAGAAGAUCGUCGCGAUACCGAGCGCGGGUGAGCACCUCAUCGGCGGACAGCGGGUGGUUCAGCAGCGAUGGGGACGAGGAGAACGACGAGCGGGAGGGCGGCGAUAAUUUCGACAAGGAGGACGACGACGACGACGAGACGGAGACUUUGGUCUCGUCGACGGACAACUCGUCAGAUAACGUGCUUCGGCGGAGAAGAAUGACGAGGCGGCGGAAUGGGGAGGUGGUGAAGUGCUUACCGUCGCCGGAGGGGGCGGCAGCUGCGGUGCUGCGGAGGCUGGUGCCGUGCGGGGCGGCGGCGAUGGCCGAGGGGAAGGUGAGGGAGAGCUUCGCGGUGGUGAAGCGGUCGGAGGACCCGCGGGCGGACUUCCGGCGGUCGAUGGCGGAGAUGGUGGUGGAGAAGGAGAUGUACGAGGCUGGGGACCUGGAGCAGCUGCUGCACUGCUUCCUAUCUCUCAACUCGCGGCGCCACCACGGGGCCAUCGUGGCGGCCUUCUCGGAUAUCUGGGACGCGCUCUUCCCCGCCACCGCCACUCCGGCCGCCGCGGCCCCAACUUUUCCUAAAAUUAGUUAUAAGUAGUAUUACAGUAAACCCUUACUAUAGUUUCAGAUUAUAAAUUAUAUAUUUUGAUUUUAGUGCUUGUGGGUGAUGGGUUAGGUUUCUUUGCGUGGAUCCGUGUCGUGUUUUCAUGGGGUGGCGGUGGUGGAAUUGUGAAUACUUUGAAUGUAUUUUCCUUCUGAAUGGAUGAUGAAAAGUUUUAAAAAA